AGAGAAUGUGCAAGAGUGUUAGGGAGGUGUGUCUUACGCACUUGGCUCCCAGGGUCGGUGAGCACCAGCCCAGUGCACACAGACCCCCACAGAACCGCUCCGCUGCUGCACGCACAGGUUUACUGGAACUUGUUCAAGUGGACUAAACAACCAAAUCUAUUGUUAGUAUCUCUCCAUUCUCCUUAUCUGCCAGUCCAUCUUUUCUUCUCCGUCAUCUGAGUCCCCUCAUGGGCACCAAAUCAGCCAGUCCAAGAAGACGUUCAUCAGAGCCACUUAGAGCAUCUCACCCUUGACCAUGGAGAUGAAACAGGCAGUGAUGAUGAACCGAGAGGUCCAAGACGAGAAGGACAAAUCAGAAGAGAAUGGCAGGCUGGUAGAUGGCAGCAUUGCUGAUAAAGAGCAGAAACUAGUCUCGAGGCCCACACAGGUGUCGAACGGGUACCCCAGCACAUCGGGUCAGAGCCAGAGGGAAGGCACUGGAGCUGUAGGGGACAGGACAAGUGCUCCUGGAGGAUUCAGGACACUUGUCGUCCAGCAGACCAGUCUGGAUCCACCCAGGGAGACGUGGAGCAAGAAGGUGGAUUUUCUCCUUUCGGUCAUCGGCUACGCAGUGGACCUGGGUAAUGUGUGGCGCUUCCCAUACAUCUGCUACCAGAAUGGAGGGGGUGCGUUCCUGUUGCCUUAUCUGCUGAUGGCAUUGUUUGGUGGGGUUCCUCUGUUCUACAUGGAGCUUGCACUCGGGCAGUUCCACCGCAGUGGCUGCAUAUCUAUCUGGAAACACAUUUGCCCCAUUUUCAAGGGUAUUGGCUUUGCCAUCUGCAUUAUUGCUCUGUACAUUGCUUUCUACUACAACACCAUCAUGGCCUGGGCUCUGUAUUACCUGUUGUCCUCCUUCAACUCUUCGCUUCCAUGGACAACAUGCAAAAACUCCUGGAACACGCCCAACUGCAAGCAGUAUCUGUCCACUGACAGCAACAUCACCUGGACCAAUGAAUCCAUCUCACCUGCCGAGGAGUUCUAUACACGGAAGGUGUUGCAGGUGCACCUGUCUCCAGGUCUUCAUCAGCUAGGUGCGGUGAGCUGGCAGCUGGCCCUGUGUCUGCUCUUCAUCUUCACUAUUGUCUACUUUAGCAUCUGGAAGGGGGUUAAGACCUCUGGCAAGGUAGUAUGGGUGACAGCAACCCUUCCAUAUGUGGUUCUGUUGAUCCUUCUGGUGCGAGGCGCCACUCUACCAGGAGCAUGGAGAGGUGUCGUCUUCUACCUGAAGCCUAAAUGGGAGGCGCUCCUGAACACUUCGGUUUGGGUUGAUGCAGCAGCCCAGAUCUUCUUUUCUUUGGGUCCUGGUUUUGGUGUGCUCCUGGCCUUUGCCAGCUACAAUCCCUUUCACAACAACUGUUACAAAGAUGCGUUGGUGACGAGCUCAGUGAACUGUCUGACCAGCUUCAUGUCAGGCUUCGUGAUCUUCACCGUACUGGGCUACAUGGCUGAGAUGCGGAAGGAGGGGGUAGAGACGGUCGCAAAGGACGCUGGUCCCAGUCUACUUUUCAUCGUCUACGCUGAAGCCAUUGCCAACAUGCCUGCUAGCACAUUUCUUGCCAUUAUCUUCUUCCUCAUGAUCAUCAUGCUGGGAUUAGACAGCACGUUCGCUGGGCUGGAAGGAGUGAUCACCGCCAUGUUGGAUGAGUUUCCCCACCUGUUGGCCCGCAGGAGAGAGUGGUUUGUGCUGGGUCUGGUGUGUGUCUGCUACCUGGGAGCUCUGUCCACACUUACCUAUGGAGGGGCUUUUGUGGUGAAGCUGUUUGAGGAAUACGCCACAGGGCCUGCUGUCAUCACUGUAGUCUUCCUCGAAGUCAUUGCUGUUUCCUGGUUUUAUGGGACGUCACGUUUCUGCAAUGAUGUGCAGCUGAUGCUUGGCUUCUCCCCCGGUCUGUUCUGGAGGGUGUGUUGGGUGGCCAUCUGCCCCUGCUUCCUACUGUUUAUCAUUGGAAGUUUCCUGGCGUUCCCUCCUGAGGUCAAGCUGUUUAACUACCUGUACCCCUUCUGGACCACUGUACUGGGCUACUGCAUUGGUGUCUCCUCUUUCAUUUGCGUGCCUUCCUACAUGGUCUACCACCUGCUCACCACCAAAGGGACCUUCAAACAGCGUCUGAUGAAGAGCAUCACCCCUGAGCCUGCAAAUGUUGAAGGCCUGCACAGAGAUAUCAUCAUCACCAACGCUGUGUGAAACAGAGACCCUUCGCCCUCUGGUGGACAUGUAGCACAAGUGGGGAUUCCACCCCUUCUUCACAUCCCAGAUCUGCCAAAGGCGUCUCUAUCCAGAACAUGCGAUGGCUGGAUUCUUGCAUCCACAAUCCAGCUGCUCUGUUUCCUACCAUUAGUAAAAAUGUGGCAGCGUUCAAUGUAUGUGUGAGGUAGCACCUGCCAUAAAGAUAUAUCUAUCGAGUAUUCGAGUCAGGAGUGUGGUAGCUCAAAUGUCUUUUUUGGUUUCUGUCACUAUUUUGUGAUUUUGUCAUUUGUUACAUCGUUUCAAACGAAUGUACUAGAAAAGUACUAAAGAAAUCAUGAAUGGGCAGUAAUUGUAGUAUACGCAUGUCUUGCUCUAUUUAGCACUUUCAGUUCAAAUCUAACAUCUGAAUGCAUAGCUCUCCCAAGUUUUGAUUUCUAUGCAUUUGACAUUUCAUUUAGCUUUGACAUUUAUGUAUAUUCAUAAAGCCAAAUAUAGUUGAAUAUGAAAUCCAUUGCGGUUCUUUUGGAAGGGGUAAUCAAGAGAAUUACAGAGAAAUCAAGGUUUGGUUGGUUGCACUGGUGUGUUUACGUGUGAGCGUCUGGGUGUAGGUGCACGUAUAUCUCGCCAUCACACCUCUCUGGAAUGGUCAUUGUGGAGAAUGUUACCACUGUGCUUUUUGAAAUUUAGAGCUCAUUGUCGUCAGGUUUUGUAAAACCACAUCAUUUUGUAUGGAACGUACAUUUAUUUCGGACGUUUUUUUGGACUGUAUUAAUUUAAUGCAUAUUUCUCGGCCUCACUCAUGAAACUGGACACCAACAGCCAACACAGUGACUUUUCAGUUGUCAUGUUUUAUGUGAAUAACAAGGUAGCAUAAACCAAAUACUAGUGUGCUUGUUGCAAAUGAACUGCAACCCUAAAGACAUUGAUUUCUUGGGGGGAAAAAAACUAAAGUGCAAGUAUGUACAUGUCUGUUUUGUGAGUGUUGCUGUUUGUGUUUCGGUCAUGUGACAACCUGUCAACCUCUUUGAGAGGACAUACUGUAUACGGGUGUGUGAUGUUCGUAAGUUUUCAAAGUGUAUGCGAGCUUCAAGUUAAUGUAGAAAAGCCAAAAGCCACGGUUCGAUCUGUUGGUGUGUGCGCGCGCAUGCAUGCAGACAUGAAUGUAUACUAUGUAUUUAGUGUGUGCCUCAAAAUAGUGAUGCCUCUUCCUCCUCUCUAUCAUGUUCUCAUCUUUACAAUUUACUCUCUAUCCAAUUAAAAUCUCCUGUACUUUAUCAAUGUAUGUGUACAUGACUGUUAUAUGAAAAUAUAUAUAGAUAUUAA